GAAUUACGUGAUGUGACCCAUAAUGUCCAUUAUGAAAAUUAUCGAAAUGCCAAACUUUCAGGUAUCGCUAUGGAGAGCCACUUUCAAACACGUGAUGGUAAAGAUCCAAUGGCUCUCAUGGAAGCUGAAAAGAAAGAACAUGAAGCGAAAAUGCGUAAAAUGGAAGCAGAAAUGGAGGCUGUAUUCGAUCAAAAAGUUGAAGAGAAAAAUCAGAAACUUCGCGAACUAGAAUCUGAUUUAAUGCGACGUGUAGAACAAAUGAGAGAACAAUUGAAAGCCCAAGAAUUAGAACAAGAAGCUGCUCGUCGUGCAUUUGAAUUAGAACGUCAGAAUUGGGAAGAGAAUUGGCGUGAAUGGGAUAUUGGUGCAGAGAUCGGAACAAAUGGUCCAACAUUAGGCCUUGGCGAAAGAGUUAUGAAUGAGGUAAUCAAAGAACGUGCUAAAACUGAAAAGAAAAAGAAAGGACUUUUCUAA